AUGAUCGACUUUGAAUUUCACCAUGCAAGCGACCUCAAUCAGGCCUUUGCGCUUUUGGACGAACACGGUGACGACGCCCGCCUGAUGUCCGGCGGCACCGCUUUGGUGCUCCAGAUGAAGCAGCGGUUCUCCCAGCCCGGCCACGUCAUUGGCCUGCGUCGCAUCGCCGGUCUGGGCAGCAUCGAGGAAACGGACGAUGGCAGCAUCCGUAUCGGCGCCCUUUGUACGCAGCGCCAGGUGGAAAACCACCCCCUGGUCGCCGAGCGGCUUCCCCUCGUCGCCCAGGCAUAUCGCUACGUGGCCACGCCCCGCAUCCGCAACAUGGCGACGGUGGGCGGCGGACUGGCCCAUGGCGACCCCAACCAGGACCCGCCGCCGUCCCUCAUUGCCCUGGGCGCGUCGGUAAUUCUGUCUUCGGCCAGUGGUGGACAGCGCAUCCUGCGGGCUGAAGAAAUUUUCCUCGACUACUUCGACACCGACGUACGCCCCGGCGAAAUCGUCACCGGCUUGGUGGUCCCGCCCGCUCCGGACGGCGCCGGUACCGCUUACCUGAAGUUCCUGCCCCGCACCGCAGAUGACUACGCCACCGUUUCCGUGGCCGCCGUGGUGACACCCGACGCUGCCGGCAACUGCCAGGACAUCCGCAUCGUGCUGGGUUCGGUGGGUCUCACACCCAUCCGCGCCACUGCCGCGGAAGACGCCCUGCGCGGUCAACCCCUGACUGACGAGAACAUCAGGGCUGCUGCGGCUACGGUGCCCGAUGCCGUGGACCCGUUGGACGACCACCGGGGUUCGGCGGAGUACAAGCGGGAAAUGGCCGGAGUAUUCACCCGCCGCGCCAUCGCCCAGGCCAUGACCAACGCCGGGAUGGGAUGA